AUGGGUUCACUGAAGCUAUCACGAGGUACCAGCGAGACCAGCCGGUCGAGCGAUUCGGGUGAGCGUCGCCUGCCUACUACACCUCCCAUGAAGAUCCUCUUUCUCUGCACCGCGCACAACUCGCUCUCUCAGCAGCUGUAUCUUAUCCUCAGUCAGAAACACGAUGUCACGAUUGAGUUUGCGCUCUCCGACAAAGCCAUGAUCGAGGCAGCGACUCUGUUCCAACCAAACGUCAUCGUCUGCCCCUUCAUGACUACUCGAGUCCCAAGCGAGAUCUUCUCAAAGUAUCUCACCCUCAUCAUCCACCCUGGACCGCCAGGUGACGCAGGACCAAGCGCCCUCGACUGGGUGCUCAUGGGCGACGAUGGCAACGUCAUAGACUCUGAUCAACUACUCAAGUCCCAGUCCUGGAGCCAGAACAGCCGGUCGCAUUGGGGUGUCACAGUCUUACAAGCUGUUGAGGAGAUGGACGCUGGCCCAGUCUGGGCAUUUGAGCAGUUCAAGAUCGACAUCGACGCGCCCGGAGUCUCCAAGUCAACACUCUACCGCAAAGAGGUCACCCAAGCAGCGAUUAUUGCCACCGCUACUGCUCUGCACCGCAUCGUCUCUGCAGCUAACGGCUUCUCCGAUUCAGGCAUUGCAGCAGCUCUCUCGCGACUGUCACUGCUGGACAAACAGGAUAUUCACGGCAUCUCAGUCGACCUUGUCCCCAACCGCAAUUAUAAAAGCCUAUCCGUGACACUGCGCAAGCCCUUCCUCGGCGGACCGACACAUCGCCGACCACUUCUCAAGGCAGCGGACCGCAACUUCGACAUCCAAUACGAACCCGCCCGGACGAUAUCGCGAAAGAUAAGGUCUGCUGACUCGCAGCCUGGCUGCCUCACAAAGCUGUUUGGAGGAGUCGGUCUCUACGUCUACGGAGGUACGAUUGAGGCUGGGAGGGAUGCCAAAUGCAAACGCGGACCUGGACAAAUCAUUGGUUGCAGAGACGAGGCUGUCUGCGUCGCCACCUGUGAUGGACACGGAAUCUGGAUCACUCAUAUCCGCCGAGUGAAGCGCAAGGCUGAUCCGAUGCUCUGGCCCAAAGUCCCCGCUGUCUCAGGCCUUCUCGAUCUCGGCCUCAUCAACCAAAGCACCCUGAACAGUUCACUAUCACUACGCCCUCUCUUCGAAUGGUCCAAAGCAACAUACUCAACCCAUCAAGAGAUCUGGGUAGAAUUUGCUGCGAGUGCGGGCAAGCGCCAAGUCGCCUUCGUCUACUUCGAGUUCUACAACGGUGCCAUGAGCACAUCUCAAUGCUCGCGACUCAUCGAAGCUCUUGAAUUCGUCGCUUUGCAUGAGGCUCUUGAUGCCGUCGUGCUUAUGGGCGGCGACUCAUAUUUCAGCAACGGUAUCGCCCUCAACGUCAUCGAAGCCAGUGAUGACCCUGCAGCAGAGUCUUGGAAGAACAUCAAUCGCAUCGAUGAUGUGGUGCACAUGCUACUGGACGUAUUUCCUCGGAAGAACGUCACUACUAUUGCGGCGCUGAGAGGGAACUGCGCUGCUGGCGGCGUGGCUUUGGCAGCUGCUUGUGACGUGGUCAUCGCAGGCUCCGAAGUCGUCCUCAAUCCCGCCUAUCGAACCCUCGGACUCUACGGCUCUGAGUAUCACUCUCUAUCCUACGUCGGUCGCUGUGGACCAGAGCGCGCAAAGUAUAUUUUGCGUGCUAUGCUACCCAUGUCCGCUUCUCAAGCAAGAGACAUGGGUCUAGUUGAUAAGGUCCUCCCAGCUUCCGGGCAUUUCCUUGACAUGAGAAUACGCCAUCACAUCAAAGAGCUGAGCUUCACGACUUACAAACCCGGCAAGUGGAAGUCCAAAGUCGAUGUGAGUCACACUGGGCUUACAGCAGCGAAAACCCUCGAACUUGGCGAGAUGGCCAAAGACUUCUGGAGCGCCAGGUCCGAGAGGUACAACACACGACGGCGAGGCUUUGUUCGGAAAGUCAAGCCAACACAAACGCCGCUACGCUUCGCGACUCAUAGACGACGAGAUGGGGACCUUGAUGAGGAAGAGUCUGACUAUUUCGAUGAUGUCGCAGUGUUUGAGAAGCUGGUCAUCGAGAGAAUUUCCAAGGAGAGACUAUCCAAGAUGGACGCAAGGUUGUUGUCCCUCCACGAAGAACUCAGGUCUCACGACCAUCCAUCUAGCAAAGGUGGUGAGACAAGAAGGCCACAGGAAGGCAAGGGUUUGAUGUUUCCUUGUUAUUAUGAAGUAGAUACCCACGUUUGCACUUGA